CUUUCCCUCCGCCUCCUUCUGCAUUUUGUUCUGGCUCCGGAUCCUGCAAGUCACUUGAGUCGCUCUAUAGUCUGCGGGCUAGUAGCAUCAUCUGCAAUAGUGCCAUAUUUAACAUUGUCCUCAAGAGCUUCAACUGUUGAACAAACUCUGCCAUCCUUACACUUGAAGUGGCAUAAUCAAGUUAUCAGAGUUUGUCUAGUUUGUACAAUUUGUGUGAUGUUUAUGUGAAUCUUGCGCUAACAUAUCCGUAUUUUCUGAACUUUAUUGUUAGUCUGACUCUGCAUUUAGUAACUUAAUACUAACGUAAUGAAUUUGCAGCUUAUUGGCGUUCCUGAUCAAGCUGAAAAAGAUGAGGUUGUUAAAUCAGUGAUGGAUUUGAAGAGUGCUGAAAUUGAAGAAGGUUACACCAUGGAUGCUGUUGCAUCUCGCCAGGGUCUUUUAAUGGAUGUGAGAGAUAAGCUUCUUUUUGAGCCAGAAUACACUGGUAAUAUUAAGGAAAAGAUCCCACCUAAAUCUUCCCUACGAAUCCCUUGGGCUUGGUUGCCAGGUGCUCUUUGCCUCCUUCAAGAGGUUGGAGAAGUUAAGCUUGUGCAAGAUAUUGGUCAUGUAGCUGUUCAGCAUCCAGAUGCUAAGCCGUAUGUUCAUGAUCUUCUUCUUUCUAUGGCACUAGCGGAGGUGCUUUCUUGAAGUGUGGAACUGCAAAGAUUGGUUUUGAGAAGAACAAGGUGUCCCAAGGAUUUGAAGCUCUCGCUUGUGCACAGAGCCUUCUAAGGAAUAAAAAGUCUUUUGGGAAAAUAACAU